AUGGGCAUCCUAGGUAGUCGCCUCGUCGACCAGACAAACCAGCUUGACGGCGAAUAUGCCCUUGUUCUGAACUCCCAGAAGAACGUCCACCACUCGCCAGGACCUGAAGAAGCAGACAAUGAAUCUGCUGAUAACUGGCUGGAGCUGCAAAUCUUCCAGUGGAGGGCAGCAUCCCCAACUUUUAUCCUGAAGAUGGCACCUGCAUCUUCGGGCUCCAGCUUCAAGCAAGAGCUAGACCAGUCGACCGACGCACUUAAGUUCAUCUUUCAACUACCGGCCGAGUACCCAGGAGGCCGAAUUGGCCUUCUUAGUAACAUCCAGGAUCUGAUUGCUGAUGCCAACCCUCAUGGCAUAGUCGAAACACAUCUCGGGAGACAGGUGAUAACCAGAAUCCUAACGAAAAAGAGAUGGUCGAGUCAGCAUGAGAAGGAGCAAUCGUGGACCAAUGCUCCGAAAGCAUACAACUGCAAGGCCGGCUGGACGCAGUUCUCAUCACAGUAUUUCUUCAAGUUCCGAGUAAACACGGGGGAAGCGGCACUCCUGGUGGUGGAUCGACAUGCCGACAAGUACAAGUCUGCAGUGGGUCAGCGAAAACCGCCACAGCAACAGCUGUAUUUCAUGCAGCUCAUGACUCUACCUGUUCGGGUUUGGAUGUUUGUUCAGCACCACCGACCCCCAGGCUCCGGGGAUGAAAGUGAAGAGCAUAAAUCCCAAUUUGACCAACCCCACGCCAAAUCCUGCCACGACGCAUCCCCUCUUGAUACCGAAGAGAAGUCGUCAGCCGGUAUUUUGGGUGAAUUCAUGGAGCUCAUCAAAAACUCAACCCAGCAAGCUGCUUGUCGCACUGCUGACACGGACGAGCACGAGGAGCCGGUGACUGGAGAGCACACAAGCCUUGAUAGUCAGAACCCGGAAAAGAGUGUGAUCUCUUCUAGUGAAGGUGAGACAGAGAAGGACGGUGGAAUGUCAGACACGUCGCUUAACCAGUCCCAUGCGAUUGCGUGCGAGAACUUGAGGAUGGAUACGAAGUAUUUGACUAGGAGCCGGAGGAGGCAGGAGCAGAAGAAAAGGAAGAAAGCCUUCCUCAAGGCAGCAAGAAAAGCACACGCAGAUGCACAGCCGCAAAACGACAAAUCAAACGAUGAACGGUCUACGUCCGCAGCGUGCGGCGCGGCUGGUCAAACGCCCGUUUUUGAGAUUGUCGACCUCAUUGAGGGCGACUUGCGAUCCCCAACAUCUGGCGGUGCAUCCUUCUUGACUUCUCGUUCGCAAGACUCCUCGAGAAUCACCACAAGUCCUGGCAAUUUUCAUAGUUCUCCCCUGGAACCCGAUGCCGCCUUCACUCAGGAGUUUGAUGAAGAAAGUGUUCCAGAGCACCAAAUAAGCAGAGUCAAAUCAGAUUCCGAGACCGCAUCGCUGCGCGGGGACUUUCGCAAGUCCAGUCAAGAAGGCAAGUACCGGAUCUCCGCAACUCAAGUGAUCUCUAUGGAGACGAUAAAUGGUGCUCAGCGAGAGCCUGAUGUGCAGCAGUCGUCUGUGACAGCGACCCCUAAGAAACCCAACUUCCAUCCCCAGGUUAUUUCUCCGCGUCUAGAGCGCGAAUCUACCAGUCCGACUGCCAAGGUUGAGCCGGUAUCUGGAGGCACAUCUCCGUUGCUUGUUAUCGGGGACAAGAUGAAGAAGCGGGAUUCCAAGGCGCCAAAUAGCCGCCAAGGCUCCACGAAGAUGGAAGAUGAACUGGACGACGAACGCGUGGCAACAGUUCAAGUCGAAGCUCGUCAGCGAGAGCUUGUGUGGCAGGAGGUGUCUGGAAUCACUGACCAGCCCAUGUACCCUCACGCUGAACCCUUAUCCGGCCCUGCGACUCCUCAUCAGUCGCUAAAGAAAGCCAAGGGACAACGACGAGGCGGCGACAUCACGACAUUGGCCAAACCACUCCAGUCGAUUGAUUCCGGCCAAGCAGCCACUGCAUCUGCAGAGGAUCGAUCGAGCGUCUCGAAAUCAUCGACUCCACGAACUACCAGCUGUCCACUGCCGGCCGCCAGCCCAGAAUCAGCUGAAAUCCAGCCAUUGUCGGCUGCUGCCACGUCCGCAAGCCACCCACAGAAAGACAAACCCUUGUCGGCCACUACUCCGACCAGGAGGUCCAGAUCACAAUGUAAACCCGUGGCAACAGUUGGGAACCCGACUAAACGAGUCAUACCUAUCACGCCUGUACCGCCUGCCGCGACGCCUAGGCUCUCCCCAAAGGAGGUGGAAACAGCAGGAUGUGCGCAAACAAGUGCAUCACCCACCUUAGCUCACGUAGCCAAGACGCCCGGCUCCCAUGCAGCGGUACCAGCAGGGCGCUGUCACUCCGGGGUAGACCCAUCCAGAACACCCGGCCCAAUGAUGGCUGUGGUACCAGCGCGACCACGUGGGAGCUUUGUGCCAUCUUCAACCGUGGCAGCUCGCUACGGUGCCUACAAUCAAAGUCCUGCUCAAGGGCACCAAGCGUCCACCCCAGCUACAGAAGUCUCGGAAGGGAACCCUCCAACCAGCCCCUGCCAUGUCCUGGACAAUCCCCACCGACCUUGUGAUCGAGAUGCAUAUCCAACGCCUCCGACACAAACGACCACAAGCUCCUCUGAAGUGCUUGUCCAGGGUCUGAGAUACAAACGAAAGGAAAAAGAGAGCGGCAAAUUCUUCUGGGAUUUGACAUACCACUCCUUCCAGUGUGCAAAGGAGGGCUGUCUGAAGCAGUGCAACAUGUGGGAUUGUCAAUCCGUUAUAUGUCCAUUCUGUGGACCCUUCUCCCGGGUCAUGUACUGCGGAAAGGAACAUCUGCGCGAAGAUGUCAAGACCCACUGGCUUUACUGCAGACAGGCAACGAUGGAAGAACCUUGUGUGGAUAGUUCGAUAGCCCCGGAUGUCAAAGCUGGACCUCCAGCGAUCCCGUGCAAAAAUGGCUGGGAUAGCCCUGAGCGUCAUCGGCAGGCAAUGUGGUUCGCUUCGGCGCGUCAGGAAGGUGACUACUUCAUCUUCGCCGACUGGGAAGACUCCAUUGUUUCUGGUUUCCAGCCAGGUGAGUGGCAAGGGCGGUGCUCGCCUCGUGUUGCCCUGAUCGUACGCUUUAACGAUCCGGCUGAGAAGGAUCGUUUCCGACGGAUCCUUGCAGUGUGUCUGCUGGAAUCAGUUGAGGUCCAGCCACUGGUUGCCUACAUGUACCGUUUGCUACGGGACCGGCUCAAAACUACAAACCAGUGGUCAUCUCAACUAGACUUGGAGAUUAGGAACCAAAUUUUCUGGGAGCUGGGAGUGUUUCUUGACCCGGAACUUCUGGGCCUGCGACACGCUUGCGAAACCGAAUGGAAUGGUCAAGCCCCACGCCAUUGCCGGGACCCGACCUGCUUUUCUGAGCGGCGGAACCUCUUGGGUUCUUUGGGAUGGGCUCAAUGUUUCGAACGCCUUGUGAGCAACGAAGAGUGUAGUCACUGGCUUCUUCGAGCGCAUCGAACUACCCAUCCCACCGUCACAAAUGUGUACAGUCGGACACGCGGAGAGGGAUUCGACGACGUCGUCGAAGAGGAAAAACGACUCUUCCGGCGUGGCGAGGGUUGGGACGGGGCAGGGACAGGUCCCAUGGAGAUGGAGGGUCGAGAGGUCUGCUAA